AUGGUGUUGCUGAGCCCGUCGAUCGACGCCCUUAGGACGCUAGUAAGUGUUUGUGAGCGGUAUGCGGAGGCCCAGGGUCUCAAGUACAAUGUCUCUAAAAGAUGCUGUUGGGGCUGCCGCGCUAUUGCGGAGGCGCGCACCGACGGCUUCCACGCCAUCAUGCGCAAGCGGGUGGCGUCGCUGUUGCGUCUGAUCGAGGAGCUCAUCAACAUGCAUGCGGAUUGUCAUGGUGAUGGCGUUAGCGUCAAUAAUAUUAGCUACGCGGACGACAUGGUGUUGCUGAGCCUCGGUAUGUGCUCUCAGGCAAAUUCUGAAAACGUGUGUGCUGUCAAGUGUUUUACGAGCAGUCUAUGGGUCAACUAUACUCAAAAGGCAUACAACGCCCUUCGAGUCCAAUAUAAUGACGCCUUCAGGAUGCUGUUGGGGCUGCCCCGUUACUGUAGCGCUUCAGGGAUGUUCGCCGCGGAAUGA